UAUUAGGCAGUAAGUUGUGGUGCAGCAUCACUGUUACUGCCACCAUGAAGUUCGUCUGUAUCUUGGCUCUGGUCGGCCUCGCUGUCGCCGCCCCUAACAAAUUCAUCCCCAGGACUGGGAAGGAAUGGACUCCCGCAUCACUCGUCAACCCUGAUGAGCUGGGUGACUACUUUGAGGGGGACAUAGAGGGGCCGCUGCCAGGCAUCCUUAAGAACGGACUAAUUGAUGAGAAGUAUCGCUGGGAUAACGGCAUCGUCCAUUACAAGUUUUCCUCACAUUUCGCUGAAGAAAAGAGGGACAUUGUGCGUGCCGCGAUGGACGAAUACAAGGACCUAACGAAUGGCUGUAUCACCUUCGUGGAGAGGACUGACGAGAAGGACUACGUGUACUUCACCCAGGACAACGACCACGGUUGUCACAGCAAGGUGGGGAAAGUGGGUGGCAGUCAGGAGAUUAACUACCCAGACUGGUGCUUGAAGAAGCACGGGUCCAUCCUGCACGAGAUGUAUCACGCCCUUGGUUUCCACCACGAACAGUCCCGCACUGACAGAGACGACUACGUCACCAUCAUGUGGGACAACAUCGAGAGUGGUCAUGAGCAUAACUUCAACAAGUACUCAGCCGACGUGGUGAGUGGCUUCGGUGAGAACUACGACUACGGCUCCGUGAUGCACUACUCGGCCCACGCCUUCUCUGAAAACGGCGAGAAGACCAUUGUCACGAAGGACCCAGACGCAGAGAUCGGACAGCGCAUUAAACUGAGCGACGUCGACCUCAGAAAGCUGAUGAAUAUGUACAAGUGUUAGUGUGUGAGUGAUUCUUCUGCUGACAGCACCUCACCCGAGUCUGUUUAUAAUCUGAUCUCCAACGUAAUAGUUGUUGAACAGAUGUAAAAACACUAUAACAGUAAUAACUAAAAGAAAAAAAACAUGUGUUUAGUUUCCCUCACGCAGUAAUAAAAGGUGGUAACAAU